GACAUCGACAACAUAUCAGACUCAGACUACGAUUCAGACAACUAUGCCCCGGUAAAGAAGAAAGCUGCUAAAGCCACUAAACCAGCAGCCAAAGCUCCCAAGCAAACGAAAGCAGCAGGCAAAGCUCCAGCUAAACCGAAGGCAACGAAGAAGAAACCUCUGAAGGAUAUUGACGAGAAUGCCGACGAAUCGUUCAUGGAUGUCGACGAUCGUGCUAAUGGGUCAGGGGACGAGAGCAGGCCGGGUCCGUCGACUCUCGACGACCCUGCUUUUACUCGCGCACCAAUGGACGGUAAAACCGCUUCAGAGCACUACAAGAAGCUCACCCCAAGAGAACACGUUAUUGCACGGCCAGACUCUUACAUUGGGAGCGUCGAAACUAUAACGCAGUCCAUGUGGGUGUAUGACUCGGAUGCAAAAAGAAUGGUAUUCAGGGAAGUGAGCUAUGUUCCCGGAUUCUUGAAGAUUGUAGACGAGAUCAUCGUGAAUGCUGCCGACAACAAGAUCAACGACCCGAAUAUGGAUACGAUCAAAGUUAACAUCAAUGCGAAAGAAGGUACCAUCUCCGUUUACAACAACGGGAGGGGUAUUCCAAUAGAAAUGCACGAAAAGGAGAAAAUUAUGAUACCUGAAAUGAUAUUUGGUCAUCUUCUGACGUCUGGCAACUAUGACGAUACCAUCAAGAAACUCACGGGAGGCAGAAAUGGCUAUGGAGCGAAGCUGGCAAACAUCUACUCGACGGAGUUCACCCUGGAGACGGCGGACAAGAAUACUGCGCAGAAGUACAAGCAAACAUGGACGAAGAACAUGUCGGUCUGUGGAAAGGCGAAAAUCACGAAGAAUAGCAAGGGCGAAGAAUUUACUCGUGUAUCGUUCACGCCAGACUUUGAAAGGUUCAAAAUGCGAGGAAUGGACGCCGAUGCCUUGGCACUUCUGAAGAAGCGCGUUUACGAUUUGGCUGGAACCGUCAAAGACAUUAAGGUCUACUUGAAUGACGAACGCCUUAAGAUCAAGAAUUUCAAGCAGUAUGUCGAAAUGUAUCUCAGCUCUGCUGCCGCAGAAGCCGCCGGUGCUUCAGGAGGUGCAGCACAAGCCAAGCCAAGCGUCAUUUACGAGCAACUUGGUCCGAGGUGGGAGAUUGCCUUUGCGGUAUCCGAUGGCUCGUUUCAGCAAGUGUCAUUCGCGAACUCGAUUGCGACAACAAAGGGGGGAACGCAUGUCGAAUACAUCGCGAAUCAGAUCACAAAGCACCUCAUCUCGACAAUCCAGAGGAAGAACAAGGGUGCGACAGUCAAGCCAGCACAAAUCAAGAACCAUAUGUGGAUUUUCGUCAACGCACUCAUUGAAAAUCCCUCUUUUGACUCGCAGACGAAGGAGACUUUGACGAAAACGGCCGGUGGGUUUGGUACAAAACCAACGAUAUCAGAAGAUUUUAUGAAGAAAGUUAUGAAAACUAGCCUUGUCGAAAACGUUCUGAAUUGGGCGAAGUUUAAAGCUGACCAGCAAAUUAAGAAGACUGACGGAGCAAAGCGUAGCCGACUCCUUGGCAUAACGAAGCUUGCUGACGCGAACAAUGCUGGAACUCGUGAAGCUUCGAAAUGUACUCUUAUACUGACAGAAGGAGACUCUGCCAAGGCACUUGCUGUGGCCGGUCUCGGUGUUGUUGGCCGAAACAACUUUGGUGUUUUCCCUUUGCGCGGAAAAAUGCUUAACGUGCGCGAAGCGAAACAUGAUCAAAUCAUGAAGAACGAGGAGAUCCAGAAUGUCAAGAAGAUUCUCGGUUUGCAGCACAAUAAGGAAUAUAAAGAUAUUGCUAGUCUGCGUUAUGGGCGUCUAAUGAUCAUGACGGAUCAGGAUCACGAUGGUUCCCAUAUCAAAGGCUUAUUGAUUAACUUCCUCGACCACUUCUACCCAUCUUUGCUGAAGGUACCCGAGUUCCUCGUGGAAUUCGUCACACCAAUCGUUAGGGUGACAAAGGGCAAACAACGAAUCGAUUUCUUCACUCUACCUGAGUUUGAGAAAUGGCAAGCAGAGACCCCUGACUCGCAUAAAUGGAGCUCUAAGUACUACAAGGGUCUCGGUACGAGCAAAGAUUCAGAUGCUCGCGACUACUUCAGCAAUAUGGGAAAGCACAUGAUCCCGUUUGCCACGACCCAAGAAGGUGAUCGAGAAUUAAUUGAACUCGCUUUCAGUAAAAAGAAAGCAGACGAGCGUAAGGAGUGGCUGAGACAGUUCAGGCCUGGAACGUAUCUUGACCACAAUGUGGAUGAAAUCCCAUACUCUGAUUUCAUCAACAAGGAGCUCAUUCUGUUCUCAAUGGCGGACAACAUCCGUUCUAUCCCAUCGGUUGCGGACGGAUUAAAACCGGGUCAGAGGAAGGUUAUCUGGGGUUGCUUCAAGCGCAAGUUGAAGAAAGAAAUCAAGGUUGCGCAAUUAGUCGGUUACAUCUCAGAACAUGCGGCAUACCAUCACGGCGAACAGAGUUUGACCAUGACUAUUGUCAAUUUAGCACAAGAUUUUGUCGGGAGUAACAACAUGAAUCUUCUCUUGCCGAAUGGUCAGUACGGUACGCGUGAUCAGGGCGGAAAAGACCAUGCAUCGGCUCGUUACAUCUACACGGAGCCUGCACCUAUUUCACGGCUGGUCUUCCAUCAAAGUGAUGAUGCGCUUCUAAACGAACAAAAGGAAGAUGGACAAGUCAUUGAGCCUGAAUUUUACGUGCCUAUCCUCCCACUCGUUCUCGUGAAUGGUGCAGAAGGUAUUGGUACAGGUUGGAGCACGACUGUACCGUCGUAUAAUCCUGUGGACAUCGUUGAUAAUCUCAAACGAUUAAUGAAAGGCGAGGAGUUGGUUCCAAUGAAUCCAUGGUGGCGUGGCUUCAAUGGGACAAUAAAGAAGACUGGUGACAACAAGUUUGAGGUUACCGGAGUGGUGAAGAAGCUGAACGACACAACGGUUGAAAUCACCGAGCUGCCAAUUCACAAGUGGACGCAGGCAUUUAAAGCCGAACUUGAGAGCAUGUGUGGCGAAAAGGGUGAUGGCGCUGUCAAGGAUUAUAAGGAACACCACGACAACCGUAACGUGCACUUCGUCGUGAAUAUGAAUGCCAAGGAACUUGAGAAAGCCGAGGCGCAAGGCUUGGAAGAAUACUUCAAGCUCACGUCCAAGAUUAGCACAAGCAACAUGAUUUGUUUUGACUUCGAGGGAAAGAUCAAGAAGUACAAUACACCUGAAGAAAUCCUUGAGGACUUCUUCCCCGUAAGGCUAGGCCUCUAUCAAAAGCGAAAGGACUAUCUCGCGAAUGAGCUUCAGCUCGAACACGAGAAGCUGUCAAAUCAGGCACGAUUCGUCCAAAUGAUUGUCAAGAAGGAGCUCGUUGUCUCGGGUCGUAAGAAAGUAGACAUUGUCGCCGACCUUCGCAAGAAGAAUUUCAGGCCGUUCCCGAAGGUAGCAAAGGCGAAGGCGGCUGGCGAAACCGAGGAUGCACUAGAGGAUACUGAAGCUGAGGAACAAGAAACUGGUACAACAACAGAUUUCGAUUACUUGCUCGGCAUGCCGAUCUACAAUCUAACUCAUGAGAAGAUUGAGAAACUCCUAGAGCAGGCUAGACAGAAGGAGACUGAGCUCAUGACGUUGCUCGAACUCACUCCGAGUCAGAUUUGGAACACAGAUCUCGACAAUUUCCUUGCUCUGUGGGAGAAAACAUGCAAGGAAUGGGAUGAAUCCGCGAUUAAAGAUUCCUCUGGAAAGACCGUCAAGAGGAAGCAGGCAACAUUGAAGACGCGCAAGUCCCUAACAGGUCCCUUCGGAAAGAGGAGGAAAGAUGAUGACGAUGACUCGGAAGACGAGUUUAUGCCUUCGAAGGCAGCUGCAAAAGCUGUUGCAAAGAAACCUGAUCCCAUUGAGCGCAAGGUCUCCCGUACUAAGGCAAUCAUCAAGAAUGAAUCAGAUGAUGACGACGACCUAUUUGUUGCUCCUGGUCCCUCGAAGCCAACUGCGAGAAAAGCAGCAGAGACAAUGCGCAAAGUCUCCCGGUCGAAGCCUGUGACGAAGGUCGUGUCGGACGAUAGCGAUGACGACGACGACAAACUGACUGUCACUAAGGCAUCGACAAAGGACGAAUCUGAUUACGAGCUACCGAAGCCGCCAUCAAAGAGGAAAGCCCUCGCAAAGGCCGACGACUUAGAAGACGAACUUGCGCUGACAACCGAGAAGGGUAAAGGAAAGGCGAAAGUCGCACCAAAGCGAAAGAGUCUCACGGCCGACGAAGGUAGCGAUGAUGAUGAUCUUGCUUCUUCCAAGCCACCUAAGAAGAAGGCGCAAGUCUCGCUCCGAGCGUUCCUCGGUAAAGAUGAUGGAGAGUCGAAAGCCAAGCCUCCUACCCCGAGUAAGGUUGCUGGGAUGAAGCCAAAGCCAAAGGCUGCACCUGCGAAAAAGCCUGUAAUCAGCGACGAGGACUCUGACACGGAGGUUAUACCUGCUGCCAAAUCGAAACCGAAGCCACAACCGAAAGCUGCACCGGCGAAGAAAGCGGCAGGUAAAGCAGCAAAGAAAGCCGUAAGCGACGAUGACGACGACGUUGAAAUGGACACUGAGCCAGCCGUCGCGAAACGUACCGAAGCACCUAGACGAGCUGCAAGGGCCGCGCCAAAGAAAUACAUAGAUAUAUCGGACGAUGACGGUGACGACGGAGGACAGGAUGAGACGUUUGAGAUAUCCGACUGACCGCUGCUGAUACCCUGCAUAUAAUGUAGCUCUCCUGUUUUCCUUCUUCUAUGCUGUACCAUUUGUUAUUUUAUUACCC